AUGAAUUCCUUCUACUUGGCAGCGCUCAUGACACUUCCCACUGCGUUGGGAUUUCAAUCAACGAUAUCGACGUCAUCCACCUUCGGAAAGGUAUCUUUGACCACCAACAGUCCCCUUUCAAUGGCUAGUACAGAAUUGGAAAAUGACGACUUGCCUAAUACAACGACCCCUCUACCGAUGACCAGUACCGAAUUGAUGAAGGAGGAUGACUCCUACCCCAACCGCCUGCCAACCCAAAAAGGCAAGAAAAUGUCAGAAUCGAUUCCCUUCCUUGGAUGCUCGAGAGUGUUACAGGAAUCUGAUUUGGCCGGAAAUGUCGGGUUUGAUCCUCUUGGGUUAGCAAAGAAUAAAGAACAACUUUGGGAAUAUCGUGAAGCCGAGGUUAAGCACGCUCGUUUGGCAAUGCUGGCAGCGAUAGGUUGGCCUGUGUCGGAAGUUAUGGACCGCAGUAUUGCUGAUUUCUUUGGUGUGCCGACAACUCUAGACGAUGGAGAUCGAGUUCCAAGCGUCUUGAACGGAGGUUUGGACAAGAUUCCUGUUGAAUUUUGGGGUUUCUGUUUGGGAUUGAGUGCUGCCAUUGACAUGUACGGAGUGCAAAAGGCUCGUCGCGGAGAUGAAGGCUAUUUUCCAGGAAACUUGGGCUUUGAUCCUGUGUCUCUUUAUCCUAUUGACAAGGAAGGACAAGAUCGUAUGAAACUUGCUGAAAUCAAACAUGGGCGCACUGCUAUGGUCGGCGUCUUGGGAUAUGUAUUUGAAGAGGCCAAGACUCACUUGGCCGUUGUAGAUGAAACUCCAUUUCUGUUUCAACCAAUCACCGAAACUGUUGAGGAAGUCAUUGAAGGCGUGAUCAACUAG